UUCAUAAAUACACCCUGGGGAACGACUGCACCGCAGCUUCUUCUGGAUGAGCUGGUUAAUGGUCUUGAACAACCGUUGACUGAACUCUUACCAGACAUUGCGAUGGCGUUGCAGGCUGGCAGGACAGCCGGUUCACUUGCCUCUCUCAUGACAGGCUCAGGAUCGACAUGUGUCUUUCUGGCCAACGAUGAACAACAUGCAGCAAAUCGGUCCAGUACAAGGAGUGCAGAUAAAAAAAGAUAUGAAACAUGGUAUUCAAUAAAACAAUCAAAUCUGAGAUAUCAAGUCGUCUAGGGUAAUGACUGGUAAAUGGUACAUGCUUCUCUUCCAA